AUGGCCAUUUGUCGGUUGUGUACUAAAAGUUGCCCCAGCAAUGAUCGGUUAACCGAAAGGGCGUUCCGCGAAAAGGUUCUCAACGUAAUUUGCUUGUGGAUGGAAACUAGUGACGAAUCGUUACCGAAUGAUGUCUGCGUAUCCUGUGACAACCUAGUUGAUCAAUUUCACGCCUUCAAACGCUCUUGUCGUUCAGUUCAAUUAGAUUUCAAGAAUGGAUCCAUUACGAUACCCAGAAAACCACCAGAGCUGGUACCCGAAGAAAAAAAAUUGACCGUUACGGCAGAAGAGAUUGAACGACGGAAAAAACGAGGGCGGCCUAGAAAGAACCGUGGUGACAUCCAAAAUUCUACCAUCGUUAAGCAAUCAACGCCCGACACGCAAGAAAUUCCUGCAGAAUCUGUAAAAGAAGACUCCCCCUCCCGGAAGCCAUGGUUCUCGCUGGACGAGCCGAUGCUUCCGCCCGAACCCAAACCAAAAUGUCCGAAAAAAGUAUACAAACUAAAACCGAAGCCCGCUAUUGAGGGAUCGCGGGAGGUAGUACCUCGUCCCUGGCGUCGUAAAUUCAAGGAAGCGGCGGAGCUGCCACCAGAGGAAUAUCGUCAGUAUGUGGCACAAAAUUCCGUUCGGAAAAAGGCAAGUGCGGUGUGCGAGCUGUGUGGUAAAACCAUGGACAUCGUCCGAAUGGAUGGGCACAAAAACAGACACCUCGGGCUGCAACCAUAUGAAUGUGAAACCUGCGGAGAUAAGUUCAACUGUAAGCUCAACCUGCGGAUCCAUUGGCGAAGGAACCACGUUCAGGGAGAGGAAACUGCUUGUACCAUAUGCGGGAAGAUUUUCCCGAGUAAGAUAGCGGCACAUUCGCACAUGAAGUGUGUCCACGCCGAACGAAAGCUUCAGUGUACCCUUUGCCCGCUGAAAUUCUUUACAAAGUAUGGAUUUUAA